AUGGCGGACAAAAAGGCACGCAGAUUAUAUUUUAAUUAUGAUGAGCCCUACACAUAUAGUCGCAAGUGUAAGAAAUUAUUUUGGCUAAAGAUGGAGAAUGUGGAAGAGGAUUUAGAGAUGCAAGAGUGUAGUGAACCUAAAAUAUCUCUACAUACACCUACCAAGACAAUCAAAGUUCACUCCCUACAAGAGGUUCAACCUUUUAGAGCAUUGGUGGACCGAAUGCUAGUAGACUACCAUGACCUCUUCUAUGUACCCAUGGGCCUUCUACCCCAAUGUUCUCAAGAUCACGGGAAUCCCCUACUCGCCCGGGAUGGCUUUAAUGGUGGUGAGAUCAUACCGACAUUCAAAAAUAGAGUCAACAACGCGGUUGGCCAGAGGCAGGAGAGAAAAAGAGGAGAAGGUGGGGCCCUGUGGGUGAUCUCAUCUAAGAUUGUGGUUUCCUACACCCUGCUAGCUGCUGCUCUUCCUUUCUUCUCUUCUGCAAUCAUUUUAUUUGAAUUGGCAUAA